AGUCCUUAAAAGUUUAUAUUGCAGUUAUCUGUAGAGUUAUGAAACCAUGUACAGUGACAGGAAGUGGGGGAGGGGGAGCAUCAGUGACCAGUUGACCUGUGGACACACACCUAGUUAUAUCGUAUAAUAAGUUGACCAGUUUGAACUCCAUAUAAAGUGCCGUUACAUCUGAAAGGACAAUGAAGAGUUGAUAUACAAUUAAUUUUGAAGAUGUAUUCAUUGGUGAACGUAGCUCAGAUGUUUAGGUGGUAAGGUUUUAAACUUUCGUUGGAUUACUUAAAAUAGUUAUAAACGGAAGUAAACGAAAUACACCAGGCAGCCACCCACGUAUGAAAAAAGAGACAAAGGAACAAAGUCUACUGAUUUUGCGAAAGUAUUUUUGACAGAUAAUGGCAAGUCGUAACACAAAAUUACAACAAACAAAAAAGUCUGCAAGUAAAAAUGCCGUUUCUGCAUCUACGAGAGCGAAAAAGACACAUCAUCAAAAGGGUACUUGUCACAUUCCGAGCAGUGCUGCAACAUUACAGGCAGCAAGUCUAAGAAAAUAUACUUGUAAUUCAUGCAGUAAAAGUUUACAAACGCAAGUCCAACUUUCACAACACAAAAAAGAUAAACACGGAAUAAAACGACUUAGCAGUGGUAGUGCAAGCUUUCCAGCAAGGCCAUCCAAACCAGGUGUCGGAAGUUAUACUUGUUCCAUAUGCUUGAGCCAUUUUUCGUCCGCCGGCGCAUUAUUGCAACACAGGAACGACAAACACCACGCUAAGGAAGACGGAAGUCUUUCUCAUUCCAUAUCUAAGAAAAAGAAAUCUUAUAACGACGAAUACAAAUGCCCAAAGUGCAUUAAAGGUUUCUCUACAAAAUUUCAACUUGAUCAACAUUGUAAUGACAAACAUCAAAAUAAUGGACAAGUACAAAAUACACCCCAAGCAAGAAACCAUGGCCACAAUACGGCAAAAGGUAACGCAAGACAAGAUGUGCUCACAAAACAAGAGAAAGCUGAAUUGCUGCGAAAUAAAAGGAAGAAAGAAAUUGACGAGUAUUAUGCCAAGAAAGUAGAUAUCGAUAAAGUUGAGAAGAAGGCAUCCAUUCAAAUUGUAAAUGACACACUCUUCGAGAUUAUGUCCCACGUGCAGGGGCAAAGAGGAGGUGAUAUCUACUGCCCGAACCAUGUGAAAGCCGGAAGUUUUCCUGUAAACACAAAAAUUGGCAAACCAGAUGAAUUUGACACAAAUAUCUGUUUGAAAUUAGGACACAAAGAUGUUAAGAUCAGAAGUGGCGGAACGGUAAACUACGCAUACGCACAGACUGAACAUGCAACAAACAUGAAUGUUAAGUGUGAGAUUGGUCAAACCAAAAAAAGUGUAAAGGUUCCGGAUGGCUAUGUUGUAGCAUCGGUUAAUGUCGACAAAAUUCCUGGAGAUCUUAGAUAUGGGAACGAUCUAAUUCCACGGGAGAUGAGAUAUGAUCUUUACCAGAAAAUCAAAACUGCAAAACACGAACGAAAAAUGGCAUAUGUUGACCUAAGCAGGGAUGCACAUGGGCCAGCUAUUACCAUGACCAUUCGCCCACAUAAACCGUUUACUAUUCAGCACCAUAUCAGUGUUGACAUUACAAUAUCCCUACCAAGUGAUAUACCUAUAACAAAGUGGCCGCGCAAAGGAACCAAACAGGCUUUCAGCGAAAAGCUCAUAAGUGAUGUAAAGAAAACUGGAACACAUCUUGUACCAAAGAAGGACGAGUUCUGGGCUGUUUCGUACUCCAAAGCUGAACGAGCAUUAUUCUCUAGAAUUGAUGAGGGUAACGGCUGCAGAAAAUUUGUCUACAAAAUGUUAAAGAAGUACAUGCAAAGUUGUAAAUCUCGCUCAAAAAACGGAUUGCCAGGAUUGUCUUCACACAUUUUAAAGACCCAGUUGUUAUGGUUUUGUGAGCAAUAUACCGCGCCCGAAUACUGGCACAACAAUAACCGUGACGUAUGCUUGAUCGAUGCAUUAGCUGACCUUGAGGAAACACUGAAGAGUGGGCAUUUACAUGAUUACUUUGAUAUAAAAGUUGAUAUACUUAAAAGUAAAGAUGCUGCUGCAUGUACUGAACUGGCAAACUACCUACAUAAUAAGAAAAACCAGUUAGAACGGGAGUGAAACUGACUUGUUACUUUGUUUUAUCUUUAGAUAUUUAUGUUCUGACUCCUGAUACAAUUGGUUAUUUGUUUGCAAGAUAGAACAUAUGUGUAUGCGUGUAGCCUAAGUUGUGUCAUCAUGAAGUUCAUCAAGAAAAUGUGAUCCUGAAAUCCACAGUCAAAAUUGCAUUUCUUACGAGAUGUAGUUUGAUAAAUAUUUGUUGAUGCUUUAUUGUUCGAACAACUUAAAUUUACAGUAAUACUAUUUAUACUUUCUAACUGCCAAUAUUAUAUUCAACAAGUAAGCUUCUUUUAAAAAUGAAACUAGGAGAGGUCUAGUGUUGCUCCUUUUAAAGUUAUAUCAGAGUCGUAGAUAACAAGUGUUAUCUAAUUCUCUGAUUAUAUGAUAGGUUGUGCUACAGAAAAAAAGUUUCCAAGUUGAAGGUCACUGUGACCCAUUAGGGGCUAUAGUCACAUGACCUAAUGACCUCAAAAUCAAUAGGAAUUAAGUCAUAUUCAGGUCAUGAUCAACCUCCGACAAUCAGAGAACUAAAGACCCAAGCAUUUCCUAGUUACUGAAUUUCAUUUAAAAAUGUACAAAUGCUACCGCUGCAAUAAUUGUAAACUGAACUUGGUCCUGGUGAAAGCUGCCAAAUGAGUAUCUUAACAUUUUUGCGAAAACGUCACUUUACAGGCGUGUUUGUCAACUGUCCCGUUCGUUUGGGACCAAAAGAAUAGCUGCCGAGAAGCUUUAGAAAAGCUUAGAAGAAAAUACCAAUCGAAUGGACGUCUGCGGAAAAAUGUAUUUUUUUCAGAGAUUUUUAUUGUUAAUGUGCUAUUUGAAAAAGAAAUUCUAAACAUUU